AUGCCAGUUCCAGCAUUCAAUGUGAUAAAUGGAGGCAGCCAUGCUGGAAAUAAUUUGGCCAUGCAAGAAUUUAUGAUACUACCAGUUGAAGCAACUUCAUUUUCCGAGGCACUCCGAAUGGGUAGUGAAGUCUAUCACAUACCGAAAGGAAUUAUCGAAGCUAAAUAUGGACAAGAUGCAUGCAAUGUUGGAGAUGAAGGGGGAUUCGCUCCCAAUGUCCAGGAUAACAGGGAAGGAUUAUUAUUGCUAAUUGAUGCAAUUGAAAAGGCUGGUUACACAGGCAAGGAAUCAAUGAUGCAGAUCAAGAUAGGAAUGGAUGUUGCAGCUUCGGAGUUUCUUACUGAAGACGGGAAAUAUAAUCUCAAUUUUAAGAAACAACCAAAUGAUGGUGCUCAUGUGCUUGCAGCACAGAGUCUCUGUGAUCUUUACAAGGAGUUUGUCAAAGAUUUCCCUAUCGUCUCAAUUGAAGAUCCUUUUGACCAUGAUGAUUGGAGUUCAUGGGCUUCACUGCAGUCCUCAGUUGAUAUCCAACUUGUAGGUGAUGACUUAUUGGUCAACCAAAUUGGUACAGUAACUGAAUCCAUUCGAGCACCUCUCAAUUCAAAAGCUGCUGGAUGGGGUGUGAUGGUUAGCCACCGUAGUGGUGAAACAGAGGAUAACUUUAUUGCAGAUCUUUCUGUUGGCUUGGCCAGUGGACAGAUCAAGACGGUUGCUCCUUGCCGAAGUGAGCGUUUGACCAAGUACAAUCAGGGAGUACCUCUAUACAAGCACAUCCAAGAAUUAGCAGGAACAGGGGAGCUUGUUAUGCCAGUUCCAGCAUUCAAUGUGAUAAAUGGAGGCAGCCAUGCUGGAAAUAAUUUGGCCAUGCAAGAAUUUAUGAUACUACCAGUUGAAGCAACUUCAUUUUCCGAGGCACUCCGAAUGGGUAGUGAAGUCUAUCACAUACCGAAAGGAAUUAUCGAAGCUAAAUAUGGACAAGAUGCAUGCAAUGUUGGAGAUGAAGGGGGAUUCGCUCCCAAUGUCCAGGAUAACAGGGAAGGAUUAUUAUUGCUAAUUGAUGCAAUUGAAAAGGCUGGUUACACAGGCAAGAUCAAGAUAGGAAUGGAUGUUGCAGCUUCGGAGUUUCUUACUGAAGACGGGAAAUAUAAUCUCAAUUUUAAGAAACAACCAAAUGAUGGUGCUCAUGUGCUUGCAGCACAGAGUCUCUGUGAUCUUUACAAGGAGUUUGUCAAAGAUUUCCCUAUCGUCUCAAUUGAAGAUCCUUUUGACCAUGAUGAUUGGAGUUCAUGGGCUUCACUGCAGUCCUCAGUUGAUAUCCAACUUGUAGUUCUGAAGUUGUUGGUUUCUGAGGUCAACCAAAUUGGUACAGUAACUGAAUCCAUUCGAGCACCUCUCAAUUCAAAAGCUGCUGGAUGGGGUGUGAUGGUUAGCCACCGUAGUGGUGAAACAGAGGAUAACUUUAUUGCAGAUCUUUCUGUUGGCUUGGCCAGUGGACAGAUCAAGACGGUUGCUCCUUGCCGAAGUGAGCGUUUGACCAAGUACAAUCAGGAACUUGGAAAUGUUCCUUAUGCUGGUGAAGCUUUCAGGUCACCUUAGGAAGAGAGCAAGAUUAACUUCUUUCAAGCUAGAAUAACAAGUACUGGAUCGGAUUCAGCGUCUGCAAAUCUCUCAAUCUUACUCCAACGUGGUUCUAGGUAAGAUGUAAAGAAGUUUUUUGUAAACUCAAUCGGAUUAAUGACAUUUAAAAACAAAGAAAUCUAUUCCUGAUUAUCGGGUCAAGUGGAUCUAUCAUACAUCAGCAGAUGACACUGCUAUGUUUGUAAUUUGUGUUUCGCCUUACUGGAAUAUUCUCGUACGACCCUGAUUAAAGACUGAAGUCUUGAUACAUUGUGCUUCUUUUCAAUACAUCUCAUCUUUGG